AUGGCAUCAAAACGAAUAUCCGCGCCCGCCCGGCAACUCCUCAACACCUUCACCCACCACCGCCAACCCACCCGCUCCCUCACCACCGAAGCCACCCCCUCUCCGAACACAACCCUCUCCCAAACCUACCUCGACGCCCACCUCUCCAGUGCCCCCACUGAACCCAUCCUAAACGAUAACCCUUCAAGCAUAAUACCGCCCCCAACGCAACCUCAACGACAACCACAAAAGACCUACACCCCACCCCCCAACCCCUUCCACAAACCCACCCACAUAACCCUCCACGCCUUUCCAACCCUCGAACCCCUCUCCCUCGCACCCUACCCAUCAACCCACCUCCUUUUACCUUUACGAAAGGACCUGCUCCACCGCGCCGUCGUCCACGAAGGCGAUGCCGCCCGGCAGGGCUCCGCCAACACCAAACACCGCAGCGAAGUGCACGGGUCCGGGCGGAAAAUCCGGCCUCAAAAGGGAACAGGCAGCGCGCGGUUGGGGGAUAAAAAGAGUCCGAUGCUGAAAGGGGGUGGUGUGGCGUUCGGGCCUAAGCCGAGAGAUUUCGCGACCGGGUUGCAGAGACGGGUGUAUGAUUUGGCGUGGCGGACCGCUUUGUCGUACAGGUAUGCGAGGGGGGAGAUGAUUGUGCUGGACCACCUCCCGGAACUACCGGGGGAGGUUAGUGAAGGGAGUCGAGAGCGGUGGAUGAGGGAUCUGCUGCUGCAUAACCGCCUCGGAGCGCCGGAUGGACGGACACUAUUCCUUACUUCAGACAAAGUCGAAUCCCUCUGGGACGCGCUACGAGGCAGGAAGACGUACGGACUGAGGAGGAAGAAGAUCAUGGAUACGAUUGGAGAGUCGCGACACGCGCGGGCGUUGACGGUCGGGGAGGUGGACGUGAAGGAUCUGUUGGAGUUGGGGCGGGUGGUGGUGGAGAGGGGCGCGUUGGAUGAGAUGUUGAAGGCGCAUGAGAGUGAUUUGACCCCUGGGGAGAGGCUGAAUGCUUGGAGGAGGGGGCAGAGGUUGGAGGUGGUGUGA